AUGAGGGGUCAAGAAGAUGGUGAUGUUGUUGAAGUAGAUGGUGAAGUUGAUGGUGACUUAGAAGGGGUGCAUGAAGGUGAAGAAGAUGGUGAUGGUGUUCAAUUAGAUGGUGAAGUUGAUGAUGGUGAAGUUGAUGAUGAACUUAAAGAGGAGCAUGAGGGUCAAGAAGAUGGUGAUGUUGUUGAAGUAGAUGUCGAUUGUGACUUAGAAGGGGUGCAUGAGGGUGACGAGAUGGUUGAAGGUCAUGGUCACGUACAAGAGUUGCAUGAGGUUGAAGAAGAUGUUCAUGGUGUUGAAGUUGAAGUUCAAGUUGAAGGUCAUGGUGACGAAGAGCAAGAGUUGAAUGUGUGUGAAGGAGUUGUGGAGGAUGAAGUUGGAUCUUUGGUGGUUGAGUACAUCUACUGA